GCCGCCGGUCGCAACACACGAUUUACGGGGCCAUACGCGCACGCACACCGGACGCAGCACGACGUGGUACGACCGCGAGACCACGACACCGCGACACCGCGCGACGGACGGUUUCGUUUCGGCGGAUUUUCGUCGGGUGAAAAAAAUUUCCAGUAAAACCAUCGCACUCGUCGACUACAGCCAAACACCCUCCCCGGACGACGUGAAUAAUUAUUAUUUGUCAUAUUAUUAUUUUUCUACACCGGUCACCACCGCACUUUUACUGGGACUUUGAGGCCUCUCCGCGGUAUAGACACAAUUACACGUUAUUUUAUCAUAAUACAUUUUAUUCGUUAUCAUUUUACCGAACCGUCGGCACCAGUGGUGAAUCACCGGAAAGAAACGGGCAAACCGCGACCUAUUAUAAUAAUAAAAUAUUUCGAAAAAAUAUCGAUUUUCCAAACAAACUCGCAACGGUCUUUGCCUCUAAUCGCCGUCGACACGUUAUCACGGAGUGGUGCAGGUGGUGGUCGUCGUUUGAAUAUAUACAAAUUAUUACAAUGUAUGUGUAAUAUUAUCCAAAAUAUACGAUAAGCCGUAUCGUUGCAAAGCCGGCCGCGGCUCGUCCAAGGCGAUAAUAUUCACAUUGUCGAUGUUUAAGCGAUUUGGCCGUAACGAGAUGUCUGUCGUGGUUUUGUGCAGAGCGCGGACGCGGUGGCUCUCGGAUUGAUGGCACCCGUCCGCCGCGAUGCUGCCUGUAUCCAUACAGAUGCGCAUCCUGUGGACGUUGGCGAUGGGCACCGUGUUCGUGGUGCUGUUGCAGUACCAGUCGUCCGGCGCCUGGUCGCAGCAACAGGGCCAACCGGUGGCCCGCCCCGACCUGGUGGCCGAGGACCUGGUGUCGAUGGCCCUGUCCAAGGUGGUGGUGGACGAGAGCGCCGGCGUGUCCCAGGACCUGCUGAUGGGCAUCUCCCGGCAGAUAGCCCGGUACGUGGUGUACAGUGCCAGUUGCAGCGGCGUCGGCGGUGGUGCCUUCGGUAACGGCGGCUUUGGAAUAGCCGCCCUCGAAUCGAGCACUGUUUACGUAAUCACGCCCACGUAUCGGCGGCCCGAACAGGUGGCCGACCUCACCAGGCUGGCGCAGACGCUCAUGCUGGUCAGAGACAUACACUGGCUGGUCGUCGAGGACUCGCACGUCAAAUCGCCGCACCUUGGCGUCCUGCUGCAGUCGUUCGGCGUCAGAUACAACCAUUUGAUCUCUCCAAUGCCGGAAAGAUUUAAGAAAAUCCGCGGUGCCAAGCCCAAAGGUGUGGCCAAUCGAAAUCGAGGUCUAAAAUGGAUCCGACAGAACGCCGUCGAAGGCGUAGUGUAUUUCGCCGACGAUGAUAACACUUAUGACGUCAGACUGUUCAACGAGAUGCGUAAUACGCAAAAAGUAUCCAUGUGGCCCGUAGGAUUGUGUACAAGGACUGGCCUAAGUACACCAAUUGUGAAGAAUGGCCAGUUAAUUGGGUUUUACGACGGUUGGAUCGCAGGCAGGAAGUUUCCAGUCGAUAUGGCUGGGUUUGCGGUUAGCGUCAAAUUCCUACUAGAAAGACCUAAUGCUCAAAUGCCUUACAAACCAGGAUUCGAAGAAGAUGGUUUUUUGAGAACCUUAGCUCCUUUUGAACCCCAUCAAAUUGAACUAAAAGCAGAUAAUUGCACCAAAAUAUUAGUGUGGCACACGCAGACGAAGAAGAACGAACCGUCACUGAAUGUGGACAAGGAAAAAUACAAAAACACAAAUAUACUUCGCCUGAAGGACAUCAUAGUCUGACACACUAGAGCCGUCGUAGCUGAAGGAUUCCCGUUGUCAACUGUUUUUUUUUGUAUACCUAUCUACGCCAUGUCGUGUGCACAUGCAAUUUGUUUUCACCAUGAUCCCCCAUUUUAUUUUCGUUGAGAAAAACGGGAUUUGCUCAAUCGCGGUUUUUUUAAUUACCUAGUACCUAUAGUUUCCCCGGAUAUUAUGAUUUCGUCUUUCUUUUGUAUUUUUAUUGUUUACUGUAGAUACAUUUCUUUCUUUCAAGUACCUACCUAUUGUUUAUAAGUUAUAGUAUGUACAUUAUUAUUAUUAUUUAUUAUUAUUAUUAUUAUUAUUACCUAUUAUAAAAUGCUAUUUUUUUUUUGUUAAUCGAUUUGUUGUCUUAAAAUACUAGUCAGUCGUGUUCCCUGACACGGGAUGGGCGGGAAUGAUGGACCCUUACGUUUAUGAAUCAGUAAUAUUAUUAUUAUUAUUAUUUUGUAGGUGUCGAUAAAGCUGAUAAGCCGAAUUCACACGCUAUUCAAAACGUUUUGUAAAAAAAGAAAAGUAUGGCACGCGGUCGAUUGUUAUUUUUUAAGCCUACAUUUCAACUAUCCUAAGGGAAAAAUAAACUUUAUUUUACAUACCUAUUUA